AAGGGUUCAAACUAGAAAUCUCCGUCGAGUUCUGCUGUGACGACCUCAUCAAGAACUCAAUCUCCGUAUGUUCCAAAUCUUCUCUUCAUGGAAAACGAGAGAUUAUCAUCAGCAGAUGAUGAAAACCCAUCAAAACCAGCUAAUGGAGAAGAUUACAAUGAUCAUGAAUUGGUAAUGAGUGAAGUUCAUCUUGGUUGCCCUCCCAAUUUCUCCAGUCCUUACAUUUCUCACUUCACCUUCCCUUUACCACCACCAGAGGUGAAAACACAAAGUAUUGCCGUGAAUGUUGAAGAAAAAUUGUCGCGUCAAAUGAUGAGUUUAGAUGAAGAUGGUGAUCUCGUUCUAACUAGACGAACUAAACAGUCAAAGAAUGUUCGAAUGACUAUCCAACAUAGUAUCACAUCAUCAAUUCCAAGUGUUGGAUUGCAGGUGUGGAAAGCAGAACUUGUAUUGGCUGAUUUCUUGUUGCAUAGUAUGUUUUCUUCAUCUGACUUCGACGGAGUUGUUGCUGUAGAACUUGGUGCUGGAACAGGGUUGCUAGGUAUACUACUGGCACGUGUUGCUAAGACUGUUUUCCUAACAGACCAUGGUGAAGAAGUACUCAAGAACUGUGCGCUGAAUGUUCAUCUAAACUCGGAGAUUUUUAAAGAACAUGCAACUUCAGUAUUUGUACGUGAAGUUGAUUGGAUUAAUUCGUGGCCACCAGAAGUUGAACAAUGUCAUUCAUCUGAUGAAAGAUUUUCAUGGACCCCAUCAGAAAUCGGGGAAGCUGAGGGAGCUUCAUUGCUCUUAGCUGCUGAUGUAAUUUAUAAUGAUGAUCUGACUGAUGCGUUGUUCGACACGUUGCAGAAAUUGAUGUCACGAGGUUCCACGAAGGUGUUAUAUUUAGCUCUGGAAAAACGGUACAACUUCAGUCUCAAUGACCUUGACGUUGUUGCAAACGGGUAUUCGCGUUUUAAAAGUUAUUUGAGGGAUGAUACAGAAUGCAGAUCACUCGAGAACAGUAAAUUGCCCUGUUUUGUUGGUAAACUUAUCGACCUUACAGAGAUACCACAGUAUGUGAGAGAAUACGAUAGAGGUAAUGAUGUAGAAAUUUGGCAGAUCAGAUACAUCAGUUAAACCUUUUUAUUUGCACUGAUAGUGAUAUCUCUUUUUCUUUUUGGUUGUCAUUGCCUACCCAUAGAAAUGCUUCUUUUGUCUGUUUUAAGAUACAGGCCAAACGAAAAAAAACAGGUAUCUGAGUUUACCACACUCUGUAUUGACAUCAACUUAAAUCCAAAUGUUAGUGAACUGAAAUAGUAGUUGGGACUUGGGAGUUAAUUUGCAGAGCCUUUGUUGCACCUAAUUUUGAAACUUGUUAAUAAUUUUUGUUGCAACUAACUGUAUGACUCUUAUGCAUCUUAAUGCCUAGCAAAGGAAGCAAGGCCAUCAUUAAAAACCUAAACAGUUGCUUGUUGCCCAAUCACCCAUAUUUAAAGUAGAAAAUCUCGACUGCUCUUGUACUGCGAAUUAGCGGCUCUAAUAUGCCCCUGUCGACGGAUUCGGCCUCGCUGCAAAAUCAACAAGUGCAGUGCUUCUGGGGAUGCAUAAAGUAAACUUAAACGUUGUGAUGGAACUUCACCACCAACUUACCAACUUGGUGGAUAACUCUCUAUCCACAUAUUGGAAAUUUGGAACUGCUCCAAGGUCAGAUUAAGUUGAAUUAGUUGUAAAGUGAUGAUGAUAUGAUGUCGACCCAUAUCCACCACCAAGGUCCAAGCAUAUUUAGUCAAAAACCAUUAUUCUUAAACAUAACUAAGAAAGAAAGAAAAAGUAAUCAAAUUGACAAAAAGUUUUGUACAACUGAUUAUGUUUGCCAACAAAUUGUUUUUCAAAUACUGUAU